GGCAGACGUUUGCGUCAGCAUCCAUGACCUCCUUUUUUCUGGGUAUUUUUUCUGGGCAGACGUUGGCAGGCGGCGCCAUAUUGAAAGCAGAGAAUUGUCGGAGAAAACGGCUGAAAGCUUAAAUUAAACACGAUGCUGUACCUGGAGGACUACCUGGAGAUGAUCGAGCAGCUACCCAUGGAUCUCCGCGACAGGUUUACGGAAAUGAGGGAGAUGGACCUGCAGGUUCAGAAUGCCACGGAUCAGCUGGAGCAGAAGGUCAUUGAGUUCUUUGUAAACGCCAAGAAGAACAAACCAGAGUGGAGGGAGGAGCAGAUGGAGGUCAUUAAAAAGGAUUACUACAAAGCUCUGGAAGAUGCAGAUGAGAAAGUCCAGCUGGCCAAUCAGAUCUAUGACCUGGUGGAUCGACACCUGCGUAAACUGGACCAGGAACUGGCCAAGUUCAAGAUGGAGCUGGAGGCUGACAACGCCGGCAUCACUGAGAUCCUUGAGAGACGAUCGUUGGAGAUGGACAGCCCGUCUCAGCCUGUCAACAACCACCACGUUCACUCACACGCCGCCACAGAGAAGAGAAAAUAUAGCGCUCCGAGCCACCACACCACAGAACAUGUUCCAGAGAAGAAGUUCAAGUCUGAAGCUCUGCUGUCCACGCUCACAUCAGAUGCCUCCAAAGAGAACACGCCAGGCUGCCGUACCAACAGCACGUCCUCGUCUACCAACAAUGCGUACAGCGUCAACUCCUCCCAGCCUAUGGCCUACAACCUGAGCUCGCUGUCUUCAGGGCCCGGAGCUGGAGCUGGAGCCGGCGCCAUCACCAUGGCUGCUGCCCAGGCGGUACAGGCCACAGCUCAGAUGAAGGAGGGCCGGCGGACAUCCAGCCUCAAAGCAAGCUAUGAGGCCAUCAAAAACAACGACUUCCAGCUGGGCAGGGACUUUGCUCUGUCCCGGGACAGUACUGCCGGAUACUCCUCCUCCGCCCUCGCCUCCACCCUCACCCAGACCCUCACCCCCAGCACCACCUCCGACUCUCGAGGACGCAAGUCCAAGAGCAGCAUUAAGUCUUCCAACCAUCAGUCGUCUUCGUCAUCGUCCUCCUCCUCACUGUCGUCCUGUUCUUCGUCAUCGGCGCUCGCUCAGGAGCUCUCCCAGCAGGCAUCAGUGCUGCCCGAAGCCGAGGCCAACAAUCAGGUGGACUGGACCUACGACCCCAACGAGCCCCGAUACUGCAUCUGUAACCAGGUUUCUUAUGGAGAGAUGGUCGGCUGUGACAACACAGAUUGUCCGAUUGAGUGGUUCCACUACGGCUGCGUUGGGCUGACGGAGGCUCCGAAGGGGAAGUGGUACUGCCCUCAGUGCACAGCGGCCAUGAAGAGGAGGGGCAGCCGCCACAAAUAGACACACCGCCUUGUAACCGACAUUCGAGGCGGCUGAGGUCAGAGGUCACCAACAGCAAACUGCUGAUCAUCGGACACUGAGGAUUUAAAGCCGUGUGGAGGAAGUGAUGUCAGCUCUGAGAGAAAUAAAACCUGGGUUCACUCUAAGCCUAAAAAAACCACAGUCUCUGCCACUAAAGUCAAGAUUAAUGCUCACAUCGUGACUCCACAUUUAAACUGUCAUUUUAAUCCCCAAAACUAGUCUUUGUUAUUCAGACUCAGUGCAGUUAAUCCUGACAUUUUAAACUAGUCAGAAUAAUUAAUGAGUCUUUCUGUCAGAGCACAGAUACUAACCCAGGUUUUAUAGUUGGUUAAUCUGGGAUUAUACUUGGAAUAGCUGAGUUUGUAAACCAGGUCUUUUUGUCUCCUUCCAUUAUAUGCAGAUUUUUCCCAGAGCUGAAAUUAUUUCCCAUGAGGCCAUGCUCCCCUCUCACUCAUUUAAAACUACAAACAGGAUGGGUUGUUGGACUACAACUGUGGAUGCCUGUUGGAGCCAAAUUAGAUGAGUCUCAUUUGACCUCCAUAGAAAGCCAGAAUGUAUUGUUUGUGAGUGUGUGUCUGUGUGUGUUGGUUUGUGUUGUGUUGGUUUGCGUGCGUGUGUGUGUGUGUUGGUUUGUGUCGUGUGACAUGUUAAAAUGAAGAGUCCAAUAAAGCGAUGUUUUGGUAAAUCA